AUGAAUGGCCAGCACAAUGACAGAUCAGCACCCCAGCCCAACCGACAACAACCACGUUGGGUCAUGCCAGACCCGUAUGACCCCCAAGAAGACCUUUUCAAACAUGAGAUGCGACGUCAUUACCAACCCACAGAGAAGGAACUUGGACGUAGAGGGAGCCUCUUCUCUCAAUGUAUGAUGCUCGACGCGACUCAGAGUAACCUUGCCGCUGUUUUUGUCGACAUACCUAAGAACCCAAUCAGUACUGGCCAGGCCCUUCUCGAUGCUAUAAAUGAAGUGACUAGGAGGGUGAUUGGUAGCGAGAGCAGAAGCGAUGAGUCAGAGGAGGACAAUGGCUAUGCAGGACUCCCGGACGACGAUCUCGCGGAAUGGAAGGAAAGAAUUUUCUUCAUGUUCGAGAUGGAACCUACUGCCAGAACGUCCAGCGUUAUUCUCGAGGCUCUAGAUAGCUUCAUCCAGCAUGCCAAUGAAGCAAAUGAGCACAUGUCGAAACUCGAAGAAGAACAAUUGCCGAUCGAGGUCUUUAAAGGCUAUACCAUGACUAAGGCUGAUCCUAAAUGGGCCGCUGAGGAAUAUGACAGACAAUAUGCUAUUGCAAAGCCCUAUGAGGAUUGGGCGCCAUGCGAAGCACUAGAAUGGUUGGAGCGGGCAGAAUGCUCUGAAACAAUAGAUUUAGAUGACUAG